AUGGAAGGAGAACAAUUGGUACCCAUCAAGGACGUAGGCUCAGCUAAGCCGUUGAAGAAGCAAAGCUCUUUCGGAAGCGACAAGGGACUCAACACUGAGGAAAGAGGCGCAGAAGAUACCCUCGAAUACAGAAUCGACACCAAGAAUGCGGCUGGAAAGACCAUUUCUCUAUGGCACGACAUUAACGUCAACCACAUUGACCCUGAGACUGGCAAUGAGACUGAAUACUUGAACUUUGUCUGCGAAAUCCCCAAGUUCACAAGAAAAAAGUACGAAAUUGCUACCGACGAAGAAUUCACACCCAUCAAGCAAGAUGAAAAGAAGGGAACGCUGCGUGAGUUCAAGAAAGGAGAUAUCUUCUUCAACUACGGAUGCCUUCCACAAACUUGGGAAGACCCAACCUUCGUUCACCCUGAUGCCGAAGGUUGCCGUGGUGACAAUGAUCCAGUUGACGUUUGCGAAAUCGGUGCUCGUAUUAUUCAACCAGGAAAAGUACGACCUGUCAAGGUUCUUGGUGUCCUCAUGAUGAUUGAUGAGGGCGAAGCCGACUGGAAGGUCGUUACCAUUGAUGCUGACGACAAGUGGGCCCCGUUUGUGAAUGAUAUUGACGACGUGGAAAAGGAAAUGCCUGGUAUGCUCGAUGCCAUUCGUGAAUGGUACCGUACCUACAAGAUCCCCGAUGGAAAGCCACCCAACACUUUUGGUUUGGGAGAACGCUUCAUGGACAAGACAUAUGCCAAAGCCGUCAUUGACGAGUGCCACCACGCUUGGAAGGAGCUCAUUUCGGGAGAGAAGCACCGACAAAUCGAUGGGGAAGACGAGGAAGUCAAGAAGUUGGUCAGAAAACUGUCCAGAAACUCCUUGUUUGAAUUGGCUACUGAUUUGGAUGUCCACCCUGAAGCACAUCCAGAGGACUUUGAAGAUGCUUUGUCAUUCUAA